AUGAGCACUUCUAGCCAGUUGAGUUCGAUCAAGAAUCUGAUUUCGGAUGUAUCAAGAAUUGAGGAGAAUACAUCGAAGAUUCUUGAUAUCCUGAAUCGUACAUCCGAUUCUAGUAUACCAAGCAUGGUUAGUCAGCUAGAUGAUGAAGAAAAGCCAAGAUUGUUGAAAAGCAUAUAUAUUGGACUUGCAAAUCCUGAAAAUAAUGGAAAGCUCUUGAAGUGGUUCAAUGAAAUUAGCGAAUCCUCAAACAUUGGUGUUGUUGUCAAGGCAGUGAAUUCUCUCUAAACGGUUUUGUACAUUGUUUAGUGAUAUGU